AACUUCAAGACUCAAAAUGGAGCUGACAGGAAGCAGUUACAAGGGGACGACGCUAAAUCGCAGGCGAGCAAAGGCUAUCACAACAAUCAGAGUGGGAUUGACAUCACCUGUGUUCCCGCCACAGGAUGGAGGGAGAAGGGGAGUACACCUUCCCCUCGCAGACCAAGUACGUCGGGGAGAUGAAAGACGGGAUGUUCCACGGCAAAGGGGUGCUCCACUUCCUGAAUGGAAGCAAAUACGAGGCCACCUGGGAGAAUGGCAUCGCGAUAGAGGGCUCGUUCACCUUCGCUGACGGCCUGCCCUACCAGGAGAAGGACUGGGACUACUGUGACGGCCAGGAUCGACGCUUCUACACGGAGCGGUGCCACGGACUCCGACCCGCAGGUGAAUCCCAGCUCACAGACCUGCAUCCGCCGCGCGACAUUCCCGGCGGCUGCUACGACUGCGGGGACGGGUUCUACGAGCCCACCACCAGGACCAUCACCUCCUACGACGGAACCUUCCUGAGAACGACAGACGACUCGGAGCAUGCGUGGAUCGUGCGAUGUUGUCGCAAGGCCGACUGUCCCCCUCCUCCCCCGGAGGCGGAAGAAGAAGAAGAAGAAACACAAGAAGAAGAAGAAGAAGAAGAAGAAGAAGAGAAAAAAGAAGAAGAAGAAAAAGAAGAAGAAAAAGAAGAAGAAGAACAAAAAGAAGAAGACGAAAAAGAAGAAGAAUCCGGUUCCAGUGUGGACUAACAAGUAAGACUUUCUCCGUUUUGCGUGUGAAUAAAACCCUUGAAGUGUGUAAGUUAAGUUAAGUUUCUUCACCUUCAUCGCCGCGACUCUCGCUGGCCGCCAUUGUACUUGUCGGGGCCCGUGGUGCGUUCAGGGCAGCUGGGUUUUUGCAGCUUCCAAGUGGACACACAGGUGCGCGGUAAAAAAAAAAAAAAGAGAAAAAAAAGGCCACCAAACGACGAUCUUUGUUUACAUCAAGAAGCCAGUUGCUUGCUAGCAUGAAUACUUAUAGUUUAUUCCAACAUGUCGAACCCCUUAUUGCUCUGUAUUACACAUAAAAUGUGUUUUAGAAAGAAAGUGGAAUUUUGUUUUGUUUAAUACAAUAAACAUUUCACAAUCAAA